AUGGAUCCUACCUUUCUUGGGUGGUGUUUUUGCUGAGGGAGUGAAAAACUUAGUCAUUGUGUUGACUUUCCGUGACUUCUCCUUGGUUUUCCUCUUCAAAUUUGCUGAAGGGUGCGAUGGCAGGCUGGGACUGGGCUGCCCCCUGGUGGUUGUUAGCGUAUGCUGCUGCCUCCUCCAUCUGUAACCUGGGACACAGAACAGACAUUGUUGUUACUACCACAUGAUCAAUACUGAAAACAGACAGACAGUGGUGCCUAAAUAAAACACGACAGAAGAAAACGCAUAGGCAUAUCUUUAUCCUAUCCGAAAUAGCUGGCAGAAAGAAGAGCAUAGCUUCAUCCACUUCAUCUAAGGAAUGGCAGACAAGGUACUCUUCAAUGCUCGGAAGACAUUCAUAGACAGUGUGUCAAAGCCAGUGAUCAAGCAGCUCCUGGACGACCUUUUGGAGGACCAGGUGCUGAACGAUGAAGAAACAGACUCAGUGAAGGAGGAGAACAGCACUAAGACAAAGCAGGCACGAUGCCUCAUCGAUAUGGUGCGGAACAAAGGGAGCAAAGCCAGUGAGAAGAUGAUUGCCCGAGUUCAGAAGAGAGAUCCUGGACUUUAUGACAAAUUGGGUCUGGACCCCAGGCUGCCGGCCAAGAUGACACCAUCAUCGCCCCAGUUAUCACAGCAGGAGGAGCACCAGGUGUCCUCUGACCUCAUCCCCAGCACCAGGGACUUUAAGAAGGACAUUCUUCAGAGGAAGGGUUGCGAGAUUUACCCUCCAAUGGAUAAGUCUGGUCGGAAGCGCCUGGCCCUGCUCAUAAACAACGUGGAGUUUGAUGAUAAGAGCAUGCUGAGACGAGGUGCAGUGAAGGACGAGGAGAACAUAGAGAGGCUUCUCAGGGAUCUGGGAUAUGAUGUGGUGAAACAUAGAAACCUGUCUGGACAGGAGAUGGACGAGGCUGUGAAAGCAUUCUCUAAACGUGAGGAGCACUUAUUGUCAGACAGUGUCUUCGUGGUGAUGAUGUCUCACGGGGAGCUGGGAGCCAUCAUGGGUGUCCACUACAAGGAAGGGGAACCUAAACCUGAUGUCUUUCCCAUCACCAACAUCUUCACACACCUGAAUACAGAUAACUGCAAAGCACUGGUUAACAAACCCAAAGUCAUCCUCAUUCAGGCCUGCAGGGGAGACAAUGACGGGCUUGUUUGGGUCAGUGACACGGUGCCUGGGCCCAGCCAUGACCUGGAGUUAGAGAGUGACUCAAUCUGGAGGGAGCACAACGAAAAGGACUUCAUCUCCCUCCUGUCCUGUACACCAGAUACUAAGUCCUACAGAGAUCCAAAGAUGGGCACCUUUUUUGUCCAACACAUCAUGGAGACAUUCAACACCUAUGCCUGUGAUGAUCAUAUAGAAGAGUUAUUCAGGAAGGUCAUGGUUUGCUUUGAAAAGACCCACAUGAGAAAAAGCAGACAGAUGCCAACCAAAGACCGAGUCACUCUAACAAAGCAAUUCUACCUCUUCCCAGGCCUCUGAGUAGUUGUGAUGGUUGAUGAAUUGUACUGUAAUCACAAUGGAGGAAUAAGGGAGGAACAUUGUUUCUGUUUUUUUGUAUGAAACCAUACAUCACAAUAAAGUGUUUGGUAUCACCA